AUUGGCAACACCAACGUAUUGUCAAUGUGCUGUCACUGUUCACAUGUGGUUGUAAAAUUUGGCUGAUGCAAUAGUUUGUGAACGAAUUAAACGCGAAUUUUCGUGAAAAAUUAUACAGUGCUGAAACUUUAACCGGUCGAGCAGACUAAAUAAACCCGGAAGAUUCUUCUGUAACCAACAAAACCAUGGCAGAAGACGACGCAAUUUUCGAUCCGUCUUUAAAAAAGAAGAAGAAGAAAAAGAAGACCGCCUUCGAUAUUGAAGCGGCUUUGGCGGAGGGAGGCAAUGAACCCCAGGAAAACAACACGACGGAGCAUCCGGAAGCGAAAGAAGAGGAUCAAGACGACGCCAACGUCGACAUCGAUUUAGACUUCACGAAGAAGAAAAAGAAGAAGAAGAAACCGUUCACUACGGAUGACCUGGACGCCGUCAUGGGGGAAACGAAAGAGGAUGGGGGGAAUGAAGGGGGUAAUCAGGACGAUGGGGCUAUUGAUGACAACUUCGACCUAGAGAUGGACUUUACGAAAACUAAAAAGAAAAAGAAGAAGAGGAACCUUGGGGAUCUCAUUGCUGAAGCAGACGAAAAACACGACGAUAAGGAGAAUGUGGAUGAGAAUUCAGCGGUGUGGAUGGGAUCAGAUCGUGAUUACACCUACGAUGAGCUUUUGAAACGUGCCUUUGAGAUAAUGAGAGACAAAAAUCCUGAUAUGGCGGCUGGGAAGAAGCAGAAGUUCGUCAUGAGACCGCCUCAAGUUGUGAGAAUUGGUACCAAGAAAUCCUCCUUCGCCAAUUUUACAGAAAUCUGUAAAAUGCUCCAUCGCCAACCUAAACAUUUGCUAGAUUUCUUAUUGGCUGAAUUGGGUACAAGUGGGUCUGUUGAUGGCAACAGUCAAUUAAUUAUCAAGGGCAGGUUCCAACAGAAACAGAUUGAGAACGUUUUAAGAAGGUAUAUUAAAGAGUACGUCACGUGUCACACAUGCCGCUCCCCUGAUACCAUCCUCCAAAAAGACACGAGAUUGUUCUUCUUACAGUGUGAAACAUGCGGAUCGAGAUGUUCAGUAGCAAGUAUUAAAUCAGGUUUCCAGGCUGUAACAUCAAAACGUGCGGCUAUCCGAGCGAAAACAGCCUAGGAAAGUUGGUAGAAUAUAAUCGCAAUAUUUAUAGCAAGCAUGUUUAUACUUAUUUUUUAAUUAAGUGCUGUUCAUUAGGUGUGUACACUUUGUACGUAAUUUAGCCAAUUGUUGAAUAAACGAGAUUGUAACACAACAAUAAA